AUGGGUUUCAGUGGAUGGAUUAUUAUUAGGGCACAAGAACUGGUCUCUCUUGCUUUGACAGAAACAAAAGGAUCAGAGCGGAGAAAAGAGAAAGGAAGAUCUGAGGAGAUGGCAUCGAAUGCAGCGGUUCCGUUUUGGAGAGCGGCGGGGAUGACUUAUAUAACCUAUUCGAACAUUUGCGCGAAUCUGGUGAGGAAUUGCCUCAAGGAGCCAUUCAAAGCAGAAGCCCUAAGUCGCGAGAAGGUUCACUUCUCAAUCUCCAAAUGGGCUGGUGGAAAGCCUGAGAAACCAAUUUUGCGUUCAGACACACCUGGAGUUUGAGUUUUUUUAAACGUUUAAGGUUAAUAAUGGUGAGGAUGGAAGAAACUAUUGUGUUGCCUCUGCAACAAACAUGAUUUGUUUUAAUCUAUCUACUUUGAGAUUGUUAGUAAUGAAGGUUGAGUGAAAUACCCUCAUUCCUAUCUUAAUAAUCAAAGGAUAAUGAUACUUGUGCUUAUCUUAUUGCUUUGACUCCAAAGCUGUUUUUUACUUUGUUUUUCCAUUUGCGUAUGCGAAUAUAAGUCUCUUUGAAGACUCUUC